AUGCUGCCCAUUAAUCGACCUAUUGGGAGCCAGUUGGGGCUUGGUGUGAAAGGGAUGUCAGUGUACGUGGGGGGUGAUUCCAAAGAGAAAUGGAUCAAGAGUGUUCAGGAUAAGUCUAUUAUAGAUGAUAGCGAGUUGCAUGUUAUUUCUUCAGAGGUCUUUAUUGAUUCAGAUUUGCAGAAGAUGGAAAAGAAGUUCAUUGACGGCGAAAUUGUGAAAGAUGAUUACAAUAGUGAUGAUAGUGGGGUUGAGUUUGAAAACGAUGAGGAAUUCGAACAUUGGAAAGAUAUAUUAGUAAGUAAAAUGGAAUGGCAGGAUUUGGAUCCUAAGAUCUCAGGUGACUUUAGGCCAUUCAAAAAAGUUAAUACAUCCCACGAUAGGGCAUUUGACACGCAUGAGGGAUCACUUGUAAAAUCUAUGAAUUUUAUUCCAAAUUCCCUAAUAUCAACUUUAUCAGAAACACCAAUUCCAGUGCAAAUGACAGACACUACAGGAAAGAAGUCAAUUGGAAAUAUGCAUAGCAAUAGUACAUUGAGUGUGGAUCCUAAUACAGGUGAACUGAUGGUAAUUGGUUUACUCCAAACAGUAGCAGAUUUACGUGCAAAUAAGGAUCCUCAACAAGUGAUAGCAUAUGUAUCAGGAAAUUCCGAUUCAGUGUUAAAUAUAGCGGUACUCACUAGAAGUAAAAAAGAGUUUAUAAAAGUUGAUAAGCAUACAAAAGUACCUGGUAAAACAUGGGAGAUAAAAGAUCAAAAAAGCAUCGAGAGCAUUGAAUUAAAUUCACCAAUAAAAAAAAUAUUGUUCCCACAACUUUCGGCGAUAUUUAGAAGAAUGUCAGAUCUUAUAGGAAUUCUUACCGAGAAUUCAUUGCACAUAAUAAAAGUAUCAAACUUCAAUUGCCAAACGUUAAAAUUUAAAUUUCAACAGUAUAAAUAUUUAUCUUAUUCCUCGUUGGGCGAUUUUCCAUUUGCCGAUUUUGCCUUCAAUCCUUGGGAUAUGAAUGAGCUGGCUGUUAUUGAUAUCAAAGGUAACUGGGCAGUUUGUUCUAUAUCAUCGUCGUUAUUAAAAGAUGAUACAAUAAGGGUUUCGCAGGAUGCUAGAGGGACUAUAUAUGAUCCAGAGGAACUCUCAAAUUGGAAGAAAAUUGAAUGGUCUUCUAAAUUUACAAAAUUAAUUGUAAUGGACCGUUCAAAAUUGUUUGAAAUAGAUUUUCAAAAGGACUUACAAGUAGAAAUUAUAGAAGCCAAGACAUGGUCAAGACUGAGAGAUUAUAAAAGAAUUGAUGAAAAUAUCAGUGUCUUGCUUACGACAAAAGAAAUUAUUGCAAUUAGGACAAAUAAAAAUACGAACUGUUUUGAUAGAAUAUUAUCUUGGAAGCAUGAUCUAGAUCCGAAUGACAAUACGUUAAAAUUUUCAAUUCAAAAAAUAAUUAAAGAUAAGGUAUUAACGUUGAUCAUCUAUAUUUUUACUAGUCAAAGCAAUAAUGUAUAUAUGCAUGCAUUUAGUAUUGACACUUUUAAUCUACAACUCACAACAAGUUGUCAAUCGAAUGUCAUGACUAUACCGAACAUCACGGAAGGUAUUCAAACUAUAUCUGUUCCAGACGAAUCAUAUGAUGAUGAUGAUGACUAUGAUAUGAAUGAUUCUUAUGAGAAUAGCUCUACUGAAUAUGUGUGGAUAAACAUGUUUUUAAAACAAUAUACUAGUAAUGAGGUAACGAAAGUGAUAGUUACGAAUGCUCCUCUUCAUAUUACUAAAAAUAAAAACCACGUACAUUUUAAAACAGAUCCAAAUAGUGAAGGAGGUUUGAAAAUGAGGUACAAAAUGAAAGAGUUACAAGAGAUGGACAAUUUAAUACAGCUUCUAACAGAAAAAUAUAAGGACUAUCCGUCAAAUAAGAAUGAAAAUAUUCAUGACCUAUUACAAGAUUUUGGUUAUAAAUUAUCGACUUUGUUGAAUGAAGAAAUGGUCCAUUUCAAUAAAGAAAAUAGAUCUAAUUUAUUAAAAAAUAGAUCGUUAAAGGAUCUUAUUGAUUUAUCACCUUCAAUAGAGAAUUUAUCGGAAUUUGAAUCUUUUUUGGAUCAGUUAAUUGAACAUUUUGAAGAAAGUUCUUUAAAGUUUUCUAAUUUAAAAUCUAUAUUGAGUUUUUUUUUGCACGAGAGUGUUCCUAGUAUAGAUAUUUUCUAUAAUAAACUCCUACAAUGUUGGGAAAUUAUAACUUCCAAUUCUGAAGUACUUACUAGAGAACUUGUUAAAACUAUAGUCUGGGGGGCAAUUCGUUUCUGUAAUAAAAAUUGCUAUCAAGACAAAUUGCACAAUUCCAAGGACACCUUAACAACCCAAUAUCAAGAAAUAAUUGAUCUUUGGGAAUUAAACGAUGAUGAGAUUGAAGAGGAAGCUAAUAAAUUAGAUAAUACAGAAAGCACAGCCCCCAUGAGUCAACCUCAUUUCACUAGGGAAUCUCAAUCACAAAUUCCGACAAUUAAACUAUCUCAAAGAAAUGAAAGACAAGAAAGAGGCAUUGCUAACAAUGCUAAUAGAAUUUCAAAAUCAUCGAGAAACAGAAAAUCCUCACAAGCAAGGCCACUCUGUUCACAAGCUUUCUCAUCAUCACAAACAUCGAUUCUACCAGACAACAUCACACCAGCAUUUUCUUUAAUGCAAGCAUCUGCACCAAGUCUAUCUCAAUCUCAAUCUUCACAGACUUCCAAAAAUAAGAAGAAGAAGAAGAAGAAGAAAAUUGGUGGUUUCAAAUAA